AUGCUGCGGCCAUGGCCUUCUAGCGGCACUGUCCGCGCACUCUGUCGGACUGUUCACCGUCCAUUGCUGAUACGCUCACAUAACUUUCGUUUCUCCUCCGUCGCACCCUCCCUCAACUCGACCUCCGCAGACCGCGUCCCUCUCCGCAAGCAGCUCAAGCAGGAGGCCAAGAAUCUCAGAGCCCAAAAGAAACAGCGCAAAGAGAACGAGGAGGCCUUUAGACAGGACUGGGAAUUAACCGUCGGUGUGGAGAUUCAUGCACAGCUGGAUGCUGGAGCCAAAUUGUUCUCUCGGGCUCCGACCUCCGCCAGCGAGUCCCCAAACUCCAAUGUUGCCUUGUUCGACCUAGCCUUCCCGGGUAGCCAGCCAGAAUUUCAAGCUGCCACUCUCCUCCCGGCCCUCCGCGCGGCCGCCGCUCUGAACUGUGAAAUACAGCCUGUCAGCCGGUUUGACCGAAAGCAUUACUUUUACCAAGAUCAGCCCUCAGGCUAUCAGAUCACACAAUACUACGAGCCAUUUGCGCGCAAUGGAUGGGUCGAUCUUUAUGACUACGAUGGGAUCGCCCCGGAAGAUGGCAGCCGGAUUCGCAUAGAUAUCAAGCAAGUCCAACUGGAGCAGGAUACCGCCAAAUCCCAGGAAUACCCGCCCUCGGCACAACUCCUCGACUUCAAUCGCGUAUCCCACCCUCUGAUCGAAAUCAUCACCAUGCCGCAGAUCCAUACCCCCGCGACAGCCGCAGCCUGUGUUCGAAAACUCCAAGCGAUGCUCCAGGCAUGUGGUGCCGUGACAACGGGAAUGGAAAUGGGUGGACUUCGUGCCGAUGUCAACGUCUCGGUUCGGCGUCGGGGUGAGGCCCCGGGAGGCUAUGAAUACGACGGAAUCAGCGGGCUGGGCCAACGUACGGAGAUCAAGAAUCUGAGCAGCUUCAAGGCCGUGGAAGACGCCAUCGUCGCCGAGAAGAACCGCCAGAUCGCCGUCCUGGAAAGUGGCGGUGUCAUUGAGGGCGAGACCCGCGGAUGGACCAUUGGCAGCACCGAAACUCGCAGACUCCGAGGCAAAGAGGGUGCUGUCGACUAUCGCUACAUGCCGGACCCCGACAUUCCGCCGCUGGUGAUUGGCGAAGACCUGGUCAACUUGAUUAACGACAAUCUUCCAACGCUGCCUGAUUCGCUGGUGCAGACCCUCCGGACAGGUUACGGCCUCUCGAUCGAGGACGCUAAGCCAUUGAUCGAGCUGGAUGACGGGGCCCGACUGGAGUACUACAGAGACGUGGUGGAUAACCUUUGCUCGCUUUAUGCCGAUCGGGAUAACAAAACACAGGCAGCCGUCGCGCGUACGGCGGGCAACUGGGUCCUCCACGAGCUGGGCGGACUGUUAACCAAGGCGGACCGACCCUGGGACGAAGAGAUAGUGCCGGCCCGGUCUCUAGCCGACCUCAUCGACCAUCUCCAGCGAAAACUCAUUACCGGACCCACGGCCAAGCAGGUCCUGGCCGCGGUGUUCGACGGAGAUCGUCGACCCAUCCCGCAGCUGCUGAAAGAGGACAAUCUCCUAUUGCGGCCGCUGUCGCGGGAUGAAUACCUAGCACUUGCCGAGUCGGCGAUUGCACAGAACCCGCAGAUGGUCGAGCAGAUCCGCAGCAAGAACCAGCUGGGGAAACUGGGCUGGUUCGUGGGGCAGAUGAUGCGCACGGGCGAGAAGGGCCGCGUGGAAGCGCCCAAGGCCGAGGAGGUUCUCCGCGAACUAAUUCUGGGGAAGUAG